GGAGAGAGAGAAAAAGCGAGCGAGGCUCCGCCCUCCUUUCCUCCCCGGGACGCGAGCGGGAGCGCGCGCCGCGUGGCUCGCAGCUGCAGCAGGCGUGUAGGAUGUGGCCGAUCCCGCGCGCGGGGCUAACCCUGCUGCUGGAAGUGGGGGUGCGCGCGUUGCUGCUGGGUCUCUUCUUGUUCACUCAAGUGUUGCCACCUUUCCAGCGAGUCAUCCAACCUGAAGAAAUGUGGCUCUACAAAAAUCCCUACAUAGAGUCUGACCAUGUGCUCACCAGGUCUAUAUUUUUCAUUUCCUUUGUGUCUCCUUUGGUCUUGAUUUUCCUGGCCAAAUUCUUCAUGAAGGCUGGCAAAGAAGAUACCCGGGAAGCAUGCUUGGCUAUUAGCUUGGCACUUGCCCUGAAUGGUGUCUUCACCAAUGUUGUAAAGCUGGCCGUGGGCAGGCCUCGGCCUGAUUUCUUCUACCGCUGCUUUCCAGAUGGACGGGCAACUGAUCAGUUCUUGUGCACAGGAGAUGCACAAGUAGUGAUUGAAGGGCGCAAAAGCUUCCCUAGUGGAUAUUCCUCGUGUGAGUAUUUUUUCCCUGUGAGAACUGCCCUUAGAGAACUGGCAAUAGUAUUAUGGCUAGUUUGGGGACAUUUAAUUACCCUUUCCAAGAACUUUUGUUUUGAGGAACCAUAUCGAACUGGUUCAUAUAUUGUGCUAAGACAUGGCUUGAAUAACCACAAUUCAUUGAAUAAACCACUAUUGGUUGGCUGUACCCAACACAUUUAGCCAAAAACUAUCAGUCAGAAUGGUUGGGUUUGCAUAUUUAACUUUAAACACAACACAUUGCUUAAGGGUCUUUACUAUGGUAUAUGAUGUAUGUACUAUGUCCCAAUCUAAUGUGGCAUAAAAUCAUUUUUAAAAAUAUUGCAGUUCAGUUCACAGAAUUGGUCUAGGAAUCCAAGAAAAGCCUAAGCAGAUAUUAAAAGGAAACAGACGUUGCAGUGGUUAUGAAUGUAUUUCUCUCCCCUUGGGCUUCAUUUAAAUGUUAUUAGGUCCUAUGAGGUAACCAUUCUUUAUGAACUGUCUUACAAUCU